AUGCAACCUCGACGCCUUUUCGUUUGCUACGAGUACACUCUAGUCACGUUCAUCUGCUUCGAACAAAAGCUCCUUGAAGCCAACGAACGACACCCUCCACCGAAACACCCACUUUUCAAUUCGCCAUGGUCUUUCCAUCCUCGCUUUGCACGCUUCUUCCUCUCGGCACUGGCCCUUCCGUCGGUCGUCGCCGCGCCCUCAGUCGGCCAAGUGUAUCUCGGCAUCUCGGGCGACUGCGUCGACGGCAUCUCGCUCUCGUUUGCGAGCUCCGAGUCCAAGCCACUCACCGUCAACUUCGGCGACCAGAGUGUCGAGACCGUCGCGAGCACGUACAGCGUCGAAAGCUACACAUCGCCGUACUUGCACAAGGCCAGCUUUUGCAACUUGGCGUCUGGCACGUCGUACACGUACUCGGUCGGGUCGUUUGAAGCGACAUUCACGGCGCCACUCAAGGGCGGUGAGGACAAGACCGCCACAGUUCUCGGUAUCGUCGGGGACAUGGACUAUGCGGACGGGAGCACGCGCAGUUUCCUCACGCCGAUCAACGGCCAGUCGACGCAAGCGAUCUUGGUGGCGGGUGACUGGUCUUAUGCGAACGGGAAGCAUCCCAAGUGGGACAAGUGGUUUGACCUGCAGUCCAAGAUUUUCUCGCGGCUGCCCGUCACAGGUAUCAACGGCAACCACGAGACGACCCAGAGCGGCGAAGCGUACACCGCGUACCUCCGUCGCGUGCCCGGGCCCAUCUCAACCGAUGCCAUUGCCGCGCUGCGCACCUACUACUCGAUCGACAUUGGUCUAGUGCACGUGGUGUUUCUCGACGACUAUGUCGGGUCGACGCACAAGACGGGCGGCACCAACUGGCGUCGCGAACGCGACCUCCAGCUCGAAGUGUGA